UCGGGCACGAGAGCCAUGGAGGCGCUGAGGGAGUCCGUGCUGUCCUUGGCUUUGCAGAUGUCGACCUACAAGCGGGCCACGCUGGACGAGGAAGACUUGGUGGACUCGCUCUCCGAGGGCGACGGGUACCCAAACGGCCUACAGGUGAACUUCCGCAGCCCCAGGAGUGGCCAGAGAUGCUGGGCCACGCGAACCACCGUGGAGAAGCGGCUGAUGAUACUGGUGGCACUUCUCGCAGCAGGACUGGUAGCCUGCUUCGUAGCACUGGGUGUGCAGCAGUACCAGACAAGGACCCCCCCGGUGUGCCUAAGCCAGGCCUGCGUCUCAGUGACCAGCUCCAUCUUGAGUUCCAUGGACCCCACGGCGGACCCCUGCCAGGACUUCUUCACCUAUGCCUGUGGCGGCUGGAUCAAAGCCAAUCCCGUGCCUGAUGGCCACUCGCGCUGGGGGACCUUCAGCAACCUCUGGGAACAUAACCAGGCCAUCAUCAAGCACCUCCUCGAAAACUCCACAGCCAGUGGAAGCGAAGCAGAAAAGAAGGCCCAAGUAUACUACCGUGCGUGUAUGAACGAAACCAGGAUCGAGGAGCUCAAGGCCAAGCCCCUGAUGGAGCUGAUUGAGAAGGUGCAUUUCCCAGGCCUCCUCCUGUCCCUCUGGCUUCCAUCCCCGCUCUCAGCUACCACCGGGGCGGCCACCUCACACCUCCAGCUGCCUCGCCCACCUGGACAGUGGAGCCUGUUGCUGACAUGUGUAUUUGGGCUGAUGAGAAACAGAGAGAGAGGGAGAAAGAGAGAGAGAGAGAGAGAGAGAGAGAGAGAGAGAGAGAGAGAGAGAGAGAAAACGCACACACAUGCGCCCAUCUCUGUGGGUGGGAAUGUCUGUGUGUGUAUUUGUGUGGAAAUGUGUGUUAGCAUCUGUUGUGGAUGUCUGUCACACAUACUCGUAUGUGUGUCUGUGCAUCUGUGUGUGGGACCGAGGCUGUAUUUAGUGUUGACAGGAUACCUGAACUACAUGGUCCAGCUGGGGAAGCUGCUGGGCGGCGGGGAUGAGGACGCCAUCCGGCCGCAGAUGCAGCAGGUCCUGGACUUUGAGACAGCACUGGCCAACAUCACCAUCCCCCAGGAGAAGCGUCGAGACGAGGAGCUCAUCUACCACAAAGUGACGGCGGCCGAGCUGCAGACCUUGGCCCCUGCCAUCAACUGGCUGCCCUUCCUCAGCACCAUCUUCUACCCUGUGGAGAUCAACGAAUCUGAGCCGAUUGUCGUCUACGACAAGGAGUACCUUGGGCAGGUCUCCACCCUCAUCAACAACACCGACAAAUGCCUCCUGAACAACUACAUGAUCUGGAACCUGGUGCGGAAGACAAGUACCUUCCUCGAUCAGCGCUUUCAGGACGCCGAUGAGAAGUUUAUGGAAGUCAUGUAUGGGACCAAGAAGACCUGCCUUCCUCGCUGGAAGUUUUGCGUGAGUGACACAGAAAACAACUUGGGCUUCGCCCUGGGCCCCAUGUUUGUCAAAGAGACCUUCGCCGAGGACAGCAAGAACAUAGCCAGCGAGAUAAUCCAAGAGAUUAAGAAGGCAUUUGAGGAAAGCCUGAGUACCCUGAAGUGGAUGGAUGAAGACACUCGGAAAUCAGCCAAGGAAAAGGCGGAUGCAAUCUACAACAUGAUAGGCUACCCCAACUUUAUCAUGGAACCCAAAGAGCUCGACAAAGUGUUCAGUGACUAUACGGCAGUUCCAGAUCUCUACUUCGAGAACGCCAUGCGGUUUUUCAACUUCUCGUGGAGGGUCACUGCUGACCAGCUCAGGAAGGCUCCCAACAGAGACCAGUGGAGCAUGACCCCUCCCAUGGUGAAUGCUUACUACUCUCCUACCAAGAAUGAGAUUGUGUUUCCGGCCGGAAUCCUGCAGGCCCCGUUCUACACCCGCUCUUCACCCAAGGCCUUAAAUUUUGGUGGCAUUGGCGUCGUCGUGGGCCAUGAGCUGACUCAUGCUUUUGAUGAUCAAGGACGGGAGUACGACAAGGACGGGAACCUCCGGCCCUGGUGGAAGAACUCGUCCGUGGAGGCGUUCAAGCGGCAGACCGAGUGCAUGGUGGAGCAGUACGGCAACUACAGCGUGAACGGGGAGCCCGUGAACGGCCGCCACACGCUGGGGGAGAACAUCGCCGACAACGGGGGCCUCAAGGCGGCCUAUCGGGCCUACCAGAACUGGGUGAAGAAGAAUGGAGCUGAGCAGACGUUGCCCACCCUUGGUCUUACCAAUAACCAGCUCUUCUUCCUGGGCUUUGCGCAGGUCUGGUGUUCCGUCCGCACGCCCGAGAGUACCCACGAAGGCCUCAUCACUGAUCCCCACAGCCCCUCCCGCUUCCGGGUCAUCGGCUCCGUCUCCAACUCAAAGGAGUUCUCCGAACACUUCCGCUGCCCGCCUGGCUCACCCAUGAACCCACAUCACAAGUGUGAAGUCUGGUGAGGGGCAGAGCACCAAGCGCUCAGACAGAGGAGGGGGAGGGGCUGAGGAUGAGCCCACAAGGCUGCCCCCUCCAUCCAGUGCCCAGGGUGUCACC